CGUGACAUCUUCGAGAUGUGUUUCCUUGAUCCAAAGCGAGACCCUGAUGAUUUGACAGAAGUGUGACUCUGUAGCGCACCCAUUACGAUCUAUAAGGGGCCUCUUAAAGCUGACUGGCCCAAAAAGUCUGGGGUUGCUUAUCGUGGGUGUCGCAUUCCUAUCACCAUGUGACUCGGGCGGAUCCGACAGCACGGUGCUCGACGCCCGUCCCGGAAUUUCUCCAGGGCCCGUGGCCUUCCGGGUGUCCGUUCUCGCAAAGUUAACCCGUACCCACGAUUGACCAACCUUGGAGAUUGGGGGUCCGAACCCGUUCGAAUCGACUCAUCCCACCAUGCCACUCGUCGACACCGUGACAAUGUCGACGCCAUCAUCAAAGGUCGCUUCCGAUGCGGGCAAACCGAAAGACGGGCUGUACCCCGUCCACCCCCUGACGAGCCCUGUCGCGCAGGUCGUCCGACAUGUACAGCCGGUGCUGCUCUCCGGCCUCUUCCUCGCGCAAUUUGGGUCAUUGGUGGCCGACCCCGUGCCGGCUCUGUACAGCUCCCUCCCGAUCGUCGCCGCGAUCCAGAUCGUCUAUGCUUUUGUCAGUUUACCCGCGGCGGGGUCCCAAAGCGCGAAGCCAUCGAGGAAGCCUCGGCCUGGUGAGAAGAAGAAGGCUGAAAACACGGGACCGAACCCUUUUAUAGCCAUAUUCCUGUCUCUCCUCCUCGCCGUCCUCGUCACGCCAGCCAUCCACAUCGUGCUCGUCCUCUUCGGUGCCCCCUUCCUGACGCACUUUCUUCACACGCUCCUCUGCUCCGCGAACAUCGCCCUCCUGUCGCUUUUCCCUCUCUUCUACGCUCACGGAGUCGAAGCGAGCACAUGGGUAGCUAUUGCUAGCGCAUCUGCGCCGUUGGACGAGACAUACGGCGGUCUGGUGGGAGGUCUGCUGGGUGCGUGGCUCGGCGCAGUCCCCAUCCCCCUCGACUGGGACCGCGAAUGGCAGAAGUGGCCCGUCACGAUCCUGUGCGGCCUCUACGCUGGCCACACCCUCGGCAAGACGAUUGGCGGCACAUUGGCAUUUGGCAAGAAGAUGGCUAGCUCCGCAGAAAGCGACGAAUAAGUUGCCUCAGUCAUGACCGGGUAACGACCUACAUCAAAAUACUAUGGCAAGAGACAGCGAGAAGGUACAGAAGACGCGACCCCCGUGUCUGACCAGAACUUGCCCGACGAAUGCCGGGCCUUGCGGUGUCUGGUCAGCGUCUUUGGUUACUCGUCUCCGACCCAGGCAUGUUGCAUGCUAGAUGAACUCUAGUCAGGACUCUAGAGGGCAACAGUUUAGGCCAUGCAUGGAUGGAUGGUCUAGAAUUGCUCCAACCGAGCUAGCCUGCGGUAGGGCAUACUUGGCUUCCGUGCAAUAAUUUGUUGUAAUAUUAGUUAGCAGUCGAUCGUCGUUUGCUCGGCUCGUCAAGCCAAGAAACAGACAAAAAUUACCAAGCCGCGGCCUUCGAUCU